AAAACACUUGAGCAAUAAAUACCAGUCAGUUGAUCUAAGAGAGCAUGUGAGAUUAACAAAAGCAAAAGCCCUAGUUAUCAUCCAUCGUCUUCUUCGAUUCUCUCUGUACAACCAUGCCGAAACAGCAAGCGAAUUGGUCACCUUAUGACAACAAUGGCGGGACCUGCGUUGCCAUAGCUGGAGCUGACUAUUGUGUGAUCGCUGCUGAUACCAGAAUGUCAACCGGUUACAGUAUUCUCACCCGUGAUUAUUCCAAAAUCUGCAAAUUAGCAGAUAAAGCUUAUAUGGCUUCUUCAGGAUUUCAAGCCGAUGUGAGAGCUUUGCAAAAGGUUUUGGCAGCUAGACACUUGACUUAUCAGCAUCAACAUAAUAAGCAGAUGAGUUGCCCUGCUAUGGCUCAGUUGCUUUCUAACACACUCUACUACAAACGCUUCUUUCCUUAUUACGCAUUCAAUGUGUUGGGUGGUCUUGACAGUGAAGGAAAGGGGUGUGUAUUCACGUAUGAUGCCGUUGGAUCUUAUGAGAGAGUUGGAUAUAGUGCUCAAGGGUCUGGUUCUACACUCAUUAUGCCAUUCUUGGACAAUCAACUAAAGUCUCCAAGCCCCCUUUUACUACCUGCUCAGGAUGCUGUUACUCCUCUCUCAGAAGCAGAAGCCAUUGAUUUGGUGAAGACUUGUUUUGCUUCUGCCACAGAAAGGGAUAUAUACACUGGAGACAGACUGGAGAUAUUUGUGGUGAAUGGUGCUGGUGUUCGCCAAGAGCUCUUGGAACUGAGGAAAGACUAGAAGACCGAUCGUGGAUCAACUUGGACUUGACGGUUUGGUAUGGUUUCGUUUUGAUCAUCUUCUUUUUCUCGGCUUAUAAAGUCUUUUCCCAAAACUAAGCUUAUCAAUCAAACAUGAACAUUGAAUUGUUUAUGGUUAAUGUAUUGUCUUCAAAUUAACUACACCUUCCAUAUCCUUUUGGUUAGAGGCUUAGUAAAGGAAAUGGUGAAAGCUCUCAAACCAAAACUUGUUAUCAUUGAUUAUCUUUAUCUCGAGUCAAAUUAUCCACCAAAUGACUUCCGGGAUAGGCAUUGUUUCGCGCUGUGAACCUUGUGUUUUUCUCAAAGCAUUAUAUUUUUCGUGUUGGUUCAA